AUGAAGAUGACGACGAAGUGCAAGAAGCAUCCAUUCGAGCAGGGCGUCGGCGUCUGCGCCUCCUGCCUCCGGGAGCGCCUAUUGGAUCUCGUCGCCGCGCAGUCGGGGGGCCGCCACCGGCGGACCUCCGGUGAGACGCAUCGGCAGGAGCUUCCUCCGCCGCCGGUCUUCCCCCGAUCCGUCUCUCCCUACGUCUCCCGCCGACGAUCCGUCGAUCUGGACCUCCACGCCGACGGCAACCCGCCGGCGCAGAGUCAUCGCCGGCAGAAGCUCCGGUUCUUCAGCACCCCGCAGGCGGGAACUGUGCAGGGGAAGGGCAAGGGCGCAGGGAGUGGAUUCUUCGCCUCGAUCUUCGGCCGGCAGAGCAGAUCUGAAGUGGUCGGAGAGGAUUAUCGAACCUCCAAGGUGCAGCAAGGAUCGAUCUCCUGGUUCUCCGCCCUCGUGCCGGGGAGGAGGAAGAAGAUGCAGCAGAUGAGGGGUAAUUCCCGAUUCUUCGAGGAGGCAGUGGAGGAGGAGGAAGAAGACGACGACUCGCCGGAGCGUAGCGGCGCGGCGGAGUCCGCCGGCGAUUGGCGGAUACCGGGGCUGACGCCGACGAGGAAGCAACCGCCGUCGGCGCAGAGCGCCAUGGCGGGGUUCGUCGUCUGCCUGAGCCCCCUGGUCCGCCCCAGCCCACACCGGAGCCAGGCGGGGGAGGCCAGCGAGCCUGGUGGCGCUGCCAGGGUCUCCGGCCAGCACCGGCGGCACAGGUCCGCCCUCAGAGCGGAGACGGCGGCUCUAGGGCACAACCGAUCGAGGAAGAUCGCAGACUUGGGUAGGUUCCCUUGA